GCCAAAGUUUGAAACAACAGCAGUACAUUCCCAUCAUGCUUUGCUGUACCCGCCGAUCCGAGAACCACCAAUGCUAAGCUAACUGUCUGUAGCCACCGGGAGCGGACAUGUUGGAGCACCCCUUCCUUGGAUAAACAGUACUGCUAACGGGGAAACGGGAGCGGAGGGAACGCAUAACAACGUCGUGCGACCAUGGAAGCCGUCAACGCCUUUAACCAGGAGUUGUUCUCCCUGAUGGAGUCCAAGCCCCCAAUCUCACGGGCGAAGAUGAUAUCUAUCACCAAAUCAGCCAUCAAAGCCAUGAAACUUUAUAAACACGUGGUCCAGAUAGUGGAAAAGUUCAUCAAGAAGUGUAAGCCUGAGUAUAAAGUAGCAGGUCUUUACGUGGUGGACUCCAUCGUCAGACAAUCCAGACACCAGUUUGGAGCAGAUAAGGACGUGUUUGGACCAAGAUUCACCAAAAACAUUACGGGGACUUUUGAGAACCUCUGCCACUGCCCCGUAGAGGACAGGAGUAAGAUUGUGCGGGUGUUGAACCUGUGGCAGAAGAAUGGUGUCUUUAAGAUCGAGGUCAUUCAGCCUCUCCUGGACAUGGCAGCCGGGUCGGGCAGUGCGUUUCCAACUGAUUCAGGAACAGAGGAGCCAGGUUCUUCUCCGCCUCCAGACAAAGACGCUGUCACUGCGAACUCCUCCAUGACGCCCCCAGCUCCCAUCCAGAACUCUGAUCCGUUUGCUGCUAUGGCUCAGUUCUUACAGUCAUCGCAGAGUCAGCAGCUCCAGCAGAUGCUGCAGAACUUUCAGCAGCAGCCGCUGAAGCCCGACAUCAACGCCCAGCCGCCUCCAUCUCUUCACAUGAGCCAAAUGCAGGCCCAAAACAUCACUCCUGGUCUGGGCAUCAACACUUCACAACCGCCUCUGUCUUCACAGACCACUGAGCAGAAAACAGCGUUUGACAGGUCUCUCUGUCAGACCCUGCUGGACCGUUUUGAUUAUGACGACGAACCAGAGGGAGAGGAAACGAAGAAGGAUGACACUGUAGCUCAGUCCACUUUUACUCCACAGCCUAUGGGUUUCCCACAGCACAUGGAGCACUUUAAACCACCAGGGGUCAACAUGUCACAUGACCUUGCACAACAGGUUCACCUUCCUCCCAAUGGUCAACCGCAAGCCUAUGGAUUAGCACCAGGACAGGGCUUUCCUGCCAUGGUGCCCCCUGUUGGCCAUACCCAGCCAGGGCAGCCUAUCCCAGGUCCCACUGGGCCUUCUGGUUUCCCAGGGUUAUAUCCACCUCACGGUGCAGCCCAGCAACAGCAGGAUUUGUUGAUGGAUAUAGACCGUUCAUCUGCCAGGGAUGGAAGACAAGCUCCACGGUCACGCUCAGGUUCAAGGUCUCCAAAGCGUAAAAGGUCGCGGUCGAAUUCCCGCUCACGUCGCUCAAGGCACCGACGUUCACCGUCACGUCACCACUCUCCGCGCUCCCGCUCCCAGGAGCGUAGAGAGAGGGAGAAAGAGAGAGAGCGACGGCAGAAGGGCCUGCCGCCUCCUAAGAACGAGACCCUGAGUGUCUGCAGUACGACUCUGUGGGUCGGCCAGCUCGACAAAAGAACACAACAGCAGGACGUGGCCUGUUUACUGGAGGAGUUUGGACAGAUAGAGUCCAUCAAUAUGAUCCCUCCACGUGGCUGCGCCUACAUUGUCAUGAUACAUAGACAAGAUGCCUUCAGGGCCCUGCAGAAGCUCAGCCGGGGGUCGUACAAAGUUAAUCAAAAAGCCAUCAAGAUUGCCUGGGCUUUAAACAAGGGCAUAAAGCCGGAGUUCAAAUCGUUCUGGGACGUUGAGCUGGGCGUCACCUACAUACCCUGGUCAAAAAUCACAGAGGAACAGUUGGAGGAGCUCAAAGAAGGAGGAAUGUUGGAUGUGGAGACAUUUUCACCAGAGUGGAGCGUGGCGAGGAGCGCUCUGGAACCUCCGGAGGAGCUCAACCACAACGGCCGUUCAGAGUCACAGCAACCUGACGAAAUGCAGACGUUGCCGAUGACCCCGGCUGCUGCUGCUGCUCUGCCUGCACAGGUCCGUCCUAUGCAGCAGCAGCAGCAGCAGCCGGGUGUCGGUUCUCUCCAGCCUCCCAUCUUCCCUGCUUCCAUAGGCAUGCCUCUGCCUUCCUUCCCCCCGGGUGUCCCGCCUCCUCCUUUCCUCCGACCUGGCUUCAACCCCAUGCAGAUGCCUCCAGGUUUCCUUCCUCCUGGUACCAUGCCUCUGGGCCCUCCGCCUCCAUCCAAAAGUGUGGUUGAAGAACAUCCGCUGGACCCAGCAAAUAUGGGUAACAGGAAGAACGAUGAAGGACCGGAGCGUCCCAACCUCUUCAACAAUCAGAUGGCUCCUAUUGGAAACCCAGUUGGUGUGCCCCCCAGUGCACCACCUGGUGGUCUUCCAGUCAUGCCCCCAGGAGCUCCUCCAGGAAACAUCCAGUCCAGCCCUGCUGGUUUGCUUGGGGCACGGCCAGGUAUAAUCCCACUCCAACGUCCUCCUGUUUCCCCAGCUCAGCACAUGCAGCGUUUCCCUCCUCCCCACGUGACGACCAGACCUCCUCACCCCAACAUGCCCCCCAUGCCCCCAUCGAUGAUGCAGAGGGGGCCACACCCUCCGAUGAUGCACCACGAGGCUCCUCCUCCACCCAAAGGAGGCUUUGGUAUGCCACCGCCCCACAACAUGCGAGCACCCUUUCCACCACAUGGCCAUGGUCCUCCUCCACCUCCUCCUCAAAAUCAUGGUCCUCCUCCUUUUAUCAGACCAGGGGCUCCGCGUGUGUUAGACGCCCCAGAAGAACUGGAUAGCAGACCGUUCAGGGGCGAUAGACCCGCAUUCAGAGACCGAGAGCCGGACAGAGAGCGGGAAUGGGAUCGGGACAGAGACAGGGAUCGAGACAGGGAUAGAGACAGAAGCCUUGGAGCUGUGAGGCGUCCGUUCGGUGACGUAGGAAGAGGAGGCGCAGUUGACAGAAUGGAAGGGAGGGAGAGGCUCGGAGGUUGGCAGGAGGACGGAGGCAGUCACCGCGGAGCAGGAUGGGAAAGAGACAGGGAGAGAGAUCGGGACCGCGAUCGGGACAGAGAGAGAGACAGAGACCGUGACAGGCGGGACUGGAGGGACAGGAGGAGCAGUCUUGAUAGAGAUAAGGAACGAGGGAGGGGAGGCGAUGAUGGGGAGAGGGAUCACGGCCGCGUAGACGGAGCAGACAGGGCACGGGGAGAUGGAGGGAGUCGAGAACGAGGAAGAGCUGAGGGUAAAGAGGGGGACAGGCCUAAGAGGUCAGAGCGGCGAGAGAGGACCACACGCUGGGACAGGGACGAUCGAUUAGCCGAACUGGAGAACAUGGAAAGAUUUCGGACCUCUAACAGCACAGAGCAGCCGUGUGCAGCUCCUCUGGCUCCCACUGACACCAGUAAAGACAACGUAGGUGUGGAAUCUUCUGCAAAAAAUGCAGAAUCAGAACUCAUAGCUGUGAACCCUGAGGUCCCUGCUGCGAAAGAGGCCGCGCCCUCUGAGCCCUCACCCUCAGCUCAAGGUGAAGCUACGGACAACCCACAGGAAGCAGCAGCGUCAUAGACUGCGUCACACUUCUCCUUCAGCCAGACACUGCUGUUUGUUUGUUUGAGUGUGUGCGUGUGUGUAUAGCCCUGAAAAAUUAGUGUGGCCAAAAUUCAACUCCUGCCCGUUUGUCAGGUUUCACCAUCUGAUGAACGCCUCACACACACACACAUACGUCGUCAGUCAUACCAAAAGAGGAUGUUUGUGGGUUGAUCUGAUUAUGGUCACAAAAGCACGUGAGAAUCAGUACUGUAGUCACUGGCUUUGACAGAUUCUAUUUUUUUUUUCUUCUUUUAAUCAGCUGUUAAAGUGAAAGAAAUGAGCUCUGUCCUUCUGAGGUCAGGGUGAGUGUGUUUGACUCUCGUUAUCACCACUUCACAUUCACUUCAAUUUUUUUAAUCCCUUUUUAUUUGCCUGGCUCUCAGGUCAGACAUUGAUCAUCUAGAACCGCUGUGUUAUAAAAUGAGCUUUUGGUUGUUGUUUUUUUUUCCCCACUAUUGUUUUUCUAAUUAGUUACAAGUGAGAGUUGUCAUUGAGCUCACUGGGUACUAUAAUUAUUACUACUACAUUCUCCCACGGUCCAACAGGAGCCGGUAUUGAAAUGGAUUCCAAUAAAAGCCACACAGGUGCAGUAUGUGACCCGACAGAACAAACCAGUUAAGCGGGCACGGCCAUGUCCUCUCAGGGUUGUUAAGAGGCAAUAAGGACGUCCUGAGAAAUCAGCAGCCAUCGGAUUAUCCUUCUGCAGCUGCUGGACAUUCAUUGUGGUUUCAUACCGACGGCUUCAGUGACAUCAAACAUCAGUGUCAAGGUUACAUCGACAACAUUAACCCAGUAGGUGACUGAACACAGAUUUUUUUUUCUCCAAUGUUUUAGGUUCUCUAAUAAUUGUAAUGUUUUUAAUUUCUGAAGAUUUUUGUGUCAUUGCCAAGACCACGACAUGAAAGCUGAGUGUGCUCACACAUUGAAUUAUGAAGAAAAAAUACUCUAGGAAUGACACCCUAAAAUCUAACACGUCAGUUUUAACGUCAUUUAAAUGUGACAUCUCUCUGGCUACUGCGAUCGUCCCACUGUCACUUUUAUAAAAAUGUCCAAUCAUAUUGUGUGGUUAUUGAACGGCACGGCAUGUCGUGGGUAAAUGACGUCGGAAGUGGAAGUUAUCUCAACUUUAGGAACGGAGGUAUGUGAUGAUCAAUCGGCCUAGGAGUAUUGUUAUGGAUUUUUUUUUUAUUCCAAAUUAAACAAAAAACAUA